AUGCACCAGGAGCAGUUCAUUGACGAGACUAUCCUGCUUGAAACCCAUCACCCAUCAGCUGCUACUGAUACAAUUGCUGGUGCUGUUGCUCUUGCCGAACAUCUUCGACACUCCCCAUCCCUCGUCACACUGGAUCCGUCCGUGUUUCGACCGAUUCCUGACUCCAGUCCUCCACGAUUUCGAAAGCUUUCACAGUCGGCCGCAGCUCCUGCCCGACUGCCACGAACAUCGUCGUUGCUGCCGCCGCCACGCCCUGUAGCGGCUGCAGCAACGACAGCCGCGACCCUAACUCCAGCAUAUUCUCCGAGCGAAGAUCCUCCCUUGAACCACGAUUAUUCUUCUCGCCUGGAUACCCUCCCCGCCACACCGCCCAACGAGCCUGAAUACGACCCUGAGACGGAACCCAGGCUCUUUGGUUCCAGGAUUGAACUACCCGUACUAACCUUGCCUCCCAUCUUACCACUCGACUUACUCGACGAGAGCGACCCGUCCCAUCCACCAGGCUUGGAAGCUUUGCCUGGUGGUGACUUGAUUGACAGUAAUAUCACGGCAACAUCACCGGCGAAAACCGAAUCUGCUUCCUUUUCUGAGCCAUCGCUCACAAUGCCUUACGAAACUGUAAAGGAGCCAUUUGCUCCGGCCGGGCGAGGUCACUCACGGAGUCGGAAUGGGAAAAGCAGCGUAGAUCUAGCCAAGCCUCGGACGGUCAAGCCUCCAUCGCAAAAGGCCAUGUUAUCACGGGCUUUGCAAAAGGCGAACACAGCAGUCCAACUUGACAAUGCACAAAAUUUCGAAGGCGCCAGGGAAUCGUAUGCGGAGGCUUGUGAGCUUUUGCAACACGUGCUUCUGAAAACAACUGCCGACGAAGACAAGAAGAAGCUAGAGGCAAUUCGACGAACCUAUGCUGCACGCAUCGAGGAACUGGACCAAAUGGCCCCAUCAUGGCAACCUACAGGCAAUAAAGAAUUACCCGCCCGACCAGGCAGUCCGGAGGAGCACGAAGAAGAGUCUCCCCAGGAGGAAGUGGUCGAAAUCGGAACUGCAAACCCGGUGGCCCAUGCGAAAGAUGAAGGCGAUGGUCAACAGCUGCAAAGGCAACGCCAGCAAGAUACCAGAUAUCUCAGUGAUAGCUCCCAAGAAACGUCGCGAUCAGGACGAUUGACUACGGAGCAACCGUCCCUUCACUCCGCCUUCUCGCGAUCGCCUGCCAGACUCCGGGCUAAUGACGAAUAUACCACGGAACCCAGCCGUGCACCACAACCUCUGGCGGCGCGCCGUCCUGCAUCGCCAGCUAAACCGCAGCACGAACGUUAUGACUCGGAAGAUAGAGGUACUGAUUCUUACCACUCUGGUUCUUGGAGCGGAUCCAGAGACGGUGCGGGACAUUAUAGAAAUGAAAGUCAAAACUCAUGGCUGGACCCUAUUGACGAGUCUGGCGGGUCAUCUGGCGGAACCUCCUCUGGCCACUCCAGGGGAUCAUCUGGGUUUCGUACAGAUCACAUUCGUGGCCUCAGUGGAAAUACCGAGGCCGAGUUCGAUACGGCUUUGGAUGCGGCUAUCGAGGCUGCAUAUGAUGAGGGAUACGAACCCAUGGAACCAACCGAGUACGAUACCAUAGACCGUACUGAAGAGAUUGUCACAAAGGCACUCCGAAAAGUCGAAGCUGCGCGAGAGCGCGUCAGACAGACGGAGCGAGAAGCAUACCCAGAGGAAUUUCAAAGACAAGCAACCGAGAAAAGGACGAAGGAGACGUCCGGUGGGUUUUACGAAGAUUUGUCCUCAGACGAGGAGGAACGUCUGUUGGAAGAAAUGACCCGGGAGUACAACAUUGAGGACUUCAUGAUGAACGACGGUCAAAGGCCAACCACGGGGCAACCUUCCCAGGCUCCGCGCAGCCAAGACACGCCAGGAUUGGCAAGAGGGACGCGAAAUACAAAUCUUCCAAAUAUGCGAUCCUUGGCCGCUACUGUAGACCGAUCAAAGAUGCCACCACCGCACCCAGUGCCCAAAAGCCUGCAACCAUCCGCUCCUCCACCCAAACAGUCACUACCAGAGCUGCCCCUAACUCGGCCACAAUCACCCGGGCAAACGGUUCGAAAUCGUCGUUUGUCGGGCCAAAACCCCAAGCAACUGAAGAUUCAGACAACGCAACUCCGACCCGCACCUGCUGCGAGCUUUGAGGACUUGUCGCAAAUGAAACCUACCUCGGCACCCGACAUCCCAUCCGAGGCGAACGUUGGCGAACGGCCACAAACGAGUAGGUCGGCAAGGAAGCUAACACCACCGAGCUUAGAUGCGCCACUCAUUGAGCCGAGAGUGUUUGGAUCACCACCUCAUCAGCGUGGUCAAAUAGAUAUCGAUGAUAGCAUUGCCGGGCGGUCAGGCUCACCCACUGUCAACAAGCUUCGAAAGAACUUCUCUUCGUCCAGCUUGCGAAGCAUGAAGAGUCGCAAUAUGUCCUUGUCUAAUCUUGACGACGCGUCUGAUAUGUCUCCUGGGACCCCAUCGAGCAAUCACUUUGGAAGCGCUAGAACACCUGCCAUACCGGCGAUCCCUACGCCACUGGCGACGUCUCUCCGCGAGCAAAUGGACUCGGCCUCACCAGGAACCUUGUAUCUCUUUGAGGAUAAUAUUCACCUACCGGCUACACCUGGCUCACCAAAUCCAAUGGUCUUGGACCCGCCGGUGGCUCUUGAACCUUGCCCCAACGAUGUGAUGCUGCGGCCGUUUUGGCUUAUGCGGUGUUUGUAUCAGACAUUGGCGCAUCCCCGCGGAGGCUACUUGAGCACGAAGCUGUUUGUUCCUCGAGAUGUUUGGAAAGUGAAGGGUGUCAAACUAAAGAAUGUGGAGGACAAGAUCUCAAACUGUGACUUCCUCACGGCUGCUCUCCUCAAACUUGCCAAGGUUGACACUUGCGAUGCGGAUGCCGUACUGGACGAGAUGCAGUCUCUGGAGGGUGUUCUAGAGCAGGUGCAGACUGCACUCACCCGUAAACUUGGCAACGAAGUUGGUGUGCAAGGAUCGGUGGUAUUGUUCAAGGAAGCAUCAAAUGUUGUUGAUGGCGAUGGGGCAGCAAGCGUCCCGCGAACUGCUAGCGUCUCUGGUAAAUCUUCAUCCUUCUCUUGGAGACGCCUUCGUUCCAAGAAUUCGAACAUGGGCUUGGGAGGGGCAUACAACAGCCGGAUGACUGGAGGAGAAGGGGCCAAGGAUUCGGCCACAAUGCCAACGCUGCCCAUGACACCUCAACCCACUAGUCGUCCUCCAAAACGGGAACUUGGCCAGGCUCAGUUUAUCGGGCCCAACGCGCACUACAUGAGCUCACUCGCUCGCCUGUUCGACGCAGCGCAAGCGAUAGAUCAAAUCGCGCGACAAGUCGAUGAUCCCGGGCUGAGGCACGCGGACAAGACGCAAGUGGGACUGGAACUUUGCACCCGUCAUGCUGCAGAGUUUUUUGGGUUUUAUAUUUGUAGGUUUGUAUUGACAGAUCUUGGCACACUGCUGGAUAAGUUUAUCAAGAGAGGGAGUGAAUGGGUACUGGCAUGA